UCCCCUCCCCAGCUUCCUUUCUUCUUGACGGGACAGGAUCUUUCGAGAUCUCCGCUGCUUCUUCACCCUCCCUCUCUCUCCCUUACUUCCUCCCUGUUCCUUCCUCCCGCCUCCCUUCCUUCACAGACACACGCGCACGCGCCUUCCGUCUCGCGAGGAGGCGACCCGAGUCGCGCGCCGCUGCCCAUUUAAACAGAGCCGAGGCGGUCGCUCGCUGCCACUCAACGACGCGGCGGCGGCGGAGAAGGAGGGCUUCUCUGCUCUUUCUCCUUCCCGUGCCCCUCUUUGCCAGGCCGCCGGCCGGCCCUGUAUAGGCCUCCUCCCCAGCUCCAUUCCCCCUUCAGGCCUCCCCUCGCUUCGUCUCCCUCAGGCCCGGCUUCGACGGAGGAGGCCGCCUCUCUGCCAGGAUGUCGGUGGUGGGCAUCGACCUGGGCUUCCAGAGCUGCUAUGUGGCGGUGGCCCGGGCGGGGGGCAUCGAGACCAUCGCCAACGAGUACAGCGACCGCAGCACCCCGUCAUGCAUAGCCUUUGGACCUAAGAAUCGUUCAAUUGGAGCAGCAGCUAAAAGUCAAGUAAUUUCAAAUGCGAAGAAUGCAGUGCAAGGUUUUAAAAGAUUUCACGGUCGUGCGUUUUCAGAUCCCUUUGUUCAAGAUGAAAAAGCAAAACUUGCUUAUGAACUUGUCCAGCUACCAUCACAUUCAGUUGGCAUCAAGGUAAUGUAUAUGGAAGAAGAACGAAGUUUUACCAUAGAACAGAUGACAGGAAUGCUCCUCACUAAACUAAAAGAAACAGCAGAGAAUGCACUUAAAAAGCCUAUGGUUGAUUGUGUUGUGUCUGUUCCUUGUUUCUAUACAGAUGCAGAGCGGAGAUCUGUGAUGGAUGCUACACAGAUUGCUGGACUCAACUGCUUACGGUUAAUUAAUGAAACUACUGCAGUUGCUCUGGCAUAUGGGAUCUAUAAACAAGAUCUACCCACAUUGGAGGAAAAACCACGAAAUGUGGUGUUUGUUGACAUAGGGCAUUCAGCUUAUCAAGUUUCAGUAUGUGCAUUCAACAAGGGAAAAUUGAAGGUUCUUGCAACAGCAUUUGAUACAGUACUUGGUGGCAGGAAAUUUGAUGAAGUCCUAGUAAAUUAUUUUUGUGAAGAGUUUGGGAAGAAAUACAAACUAGACAUAAAGUCCAAAAUUCGUGCACUGUUGAGAUUGUCUCAGGAAUGUGAGAAACUGAAGAAGCUGAUGAGUGCAAAUGCCUCUGAUUUGCCAAUGAACAUAGAAUGUUUCAUGAAUGAUAUUGAUGUCUCUGGGACUAUGAACAGGAGUAAAUUCUUAGAGAUGUGUGAAGAUCUUUUGGCUAGAGUAGAACCACCACUUCGCAGUGUACUGGAACAAGCUAAGUUAAAGAAGGAGGAUAUCUAUGCAGUAGAAAUAGUAGGAGGGACUACAAGAAUACCUGCUGUAAAAGAGCGUGUCAGUAAAUUCUUUGGUAAAGAAGUUAGUACAACAUUGAAUGCCGAUGAAGCUGUCGCUCGAGGCUGUGCACUGCAGUGUGCUAUUUUAUCCCCGGCGUUUAAAGUGAGAGAAUUUUCUAUCACAGAUUUGGUACCGUAUCCUAUUUCUUUAAAAUGGAAUUCCCCAGCAGAAGAAGGAAUAAGUGACUGUGAGGUCUUCCCAAAGAAUCAUGCUGCACCAUUUUCCAAAGUCCUCACAUUCUACAGAAAGGAACCUUUCACUUUGGAGGCUUAUUAUAGCUGCCCUAAGGAACUGCCUUAUCCAAAUUCUGCCAUAGCUCAGUUUUUAAUUCAGAAGGUGAUUCCACAAGCAGAUGGAUCCAGUUCAAAAGUUAAAGUCAAAGUCAGAGUAAAUAUCCAUGGCAUUUUCAGUGUCUCAAGUGCAUCCCUUGUGGAAGUUCAUAAAUCAGAAGAGAAUGAGGAGCCCAUGGAAACUGAUCAGCAUGCAAAAGAGGAAGAGAAGAUGCAAGUAGAUCAGGAAGAGCAACAGAAAACUGAGGAGAACCAGCAGCAAGCACCAGCUGAAAACAAGACUGAAUCUGAGGAAAUGGAGACUUCCCAAGCUGGAGCAAAAGAGAAGAAAACAGAUCAGCCUCCUCAAGCUAAAAAAGCUAAAGUAAAGACAACAACAAUUGAUCUUCCAAUUGAAAACCAGUUGGUGUGGCAGAUAGGAAAGGAUAUGUUGAACUUAUUUAUUGAGAAUGAGGGUAAAAUGAUCAUGCAGGAUAAAUUGGAGAAAGAACGGAAUGAUGCCAAGAAUGCAGUGGAGGAGUAUGUUUAUGAAAUGAGAGACAAGCUUUGUGGUUUAUAUGAAAAAUUUGUUAGUGAGGAGGAUCGUAACAGUUUCACUCUGAGGCUGGAAGACACAGAAAACUGGUUAUAUGAAGAAGGUGAAGACCAACCAAAACAAGUUUACAUUGAUAAGUUGGCAGAACUUAAAGCUAUGGGACAGCCUAUUCAGGCACGGUUUCAAGAAUCUGAAGAAAGACCAAAAGCUUUUGAAGAGCUUGGAAAGCAAAUCCAGCAGUAUAUGAAAGCUGUCCUUGCUUUUAAAGCAAAGGAUGAACAAUAUGACCACUUAGAACCUGCAGAAGUGGCCAAAGUGGAAAAGAGUGCGAAUGAAGUGAUGGAGUGGAUGAAUAACAAGCUCAAUCUUCAGAACAAGCGAAGCCUUACUUUGGAUCCUGUUAUUACAGCUAAGGAGAUCGAAGCAAAAACAAAAGAACUAAUAAAUAUAUGUAAUCCUGUAGUCAACAAACCAAAACCGAAGGUGGAACUUCCAAAAGAGGAUCAAAAACCAACAGAACAAAAUGGUCCAGUAGAAGGCCAAGGCGAUGGCUCCCAAGGGUCUCAGACUGCUGAGCAGAAUACUGAUUCAGCAACCCAAGCACCCACAGAAAAAAAACUUCCAGAAAUGGACAUUGAUUGAUUGAAUUCCAGCUGUUGUUUAUAUUUAGAAACUACAAUAAAGCUUUAAGUUGUCAAUUUUAUGUUCCAAAUAUAAAUGGGAGCCAAGUAAGAACUGCAGCUUUCUCACAUUAUGCUUUUUGGAUGGGGCUGGUCAUUAUGAAACAUCUUAUAUCUUGGGUAGCAAACUUCAGUUGGAUAAGUUCAGUCAUUUUGCCAUAUAACUUUAGAAGGCCCUGGUAGAUUUAUAAAGACCCUUAAGUUUAACCUUAUUCCGCUUUGAGUCCAAUUUUAAAAGAAGAAUGAGUGCAAUUGGAAAAUAAUUUUGUUCUUUAAAAGUACCCCUGCGUUGAUAUUGUGGAUUGCAGCAGCUGCAUUAUAGGUAUCCAUUGACAGAAGAAUGCCAGAAAUGUUUGACAUGUUGGUUCUAUUGCACAAGAACAUAAUAAAAGCAUCGGUUUGUGAUCCUUCUGCAAUUAAAGAAGCAAGAAUGGCAUAUUUUCUAGCUGGAAGCUGAUUUUAUUUUAUAUUGUACCAUUGAUAGUUUUGUGAGCAUCUAUGGCACCAUGGAACAGAUUACAUGUUUGCGCUAAAUAUGAAGAACUAAAAUGGCUGGAGUGUUUUUUCCAGGUUGUGUCUGCACUCCACUAUGAAUAUUGAUGUCCUGGGCAUUGUAUCAAAUUGUGUAUCUGGUAUGAAGCAUAGCAGAUGUAUAACUAAAUCCUGCUAUUACAUGCAGAUAUGUAUACUUAUGGUAAAUUCUCCCCAGCUAUAUGAAAUGCUAUGUAAAUUUCUGUCUCUAGUUAUGUACCUGCUUGUAGGAAAAGAGGAUAUAAUGUUAGCUGUCUGCACGUAAGGAUGAUUCUGAUUAGUUGCUAACCCUGAAGAGAGUAUUUGCUUCUUACACAUGGAAGUGCUCAGCUUUACCUUCCAACAACAGCAGCAAAGGUCUGGCAGUUUACUCAUGUGCUCCUCUACACUUGGGCUGUGUUUUUCUUCUAGUAAUUGAUAAUUGUCAUAAACUUGUAUGUGUUGAAAUCAAAAUGGAAAUAUCCAUGCACAUUGCAAGAAAUAAAUGCACUGGAUUGUACUGGAUUUUUAACACUGUUGAUUAUGGCUAUGGGAAAUCAAAUUCUUUUGAGUGGAAAAAACCAUUCUUUUGUUUUCCUUCACACACACAAAAAAAACCCUUGUUUGCAUAGGUUAUGCAAUCCUUGUUCUGCAUUAAACAGUUUAGACCUUAUCUUAAUGCUUUCAUUUAACUAAGGGUUUGGUUAUCUACUGUACUGUUAGUGUACUGGACUGUCAAAGAACUUCUUAACUACAUCCAUGUGAGGUUACCAUUUUAGCUCCAUAAACUUUCAACUUCCAGGUAAGAUGACAAAAAAUGUUUAUGGGUUUGGAGAGACUUCUCAAAAUAUCUUGAGUCUUAAUUUGAAUUUAGAAAAAAUAAUAGCAAUAAUAUUCUGUCUGAUCAUCAGUUGUCUGCUAACAACAGCUGGAACCCUUGCAUCUAUUGAAAUAAAAGCUUUAGCUCUUGUCAUGCCCCAU